AUGUCUGGACAAAUCUCGCGCUCGUUGCCUAAGAAACAGGACAAGACCGGUGAGCCGAUGGCUGUCCCAUACACUGCAGAGGAGCUUGGCCGGCUUAAAACAGCUUUGGACCGCAAACUGGGCCCCGAGUUCAUCAGUAUAAGAAGUGGUCCUGGACAAACGAAAGUUAAUUAUCUGGAAGGCUGGAAAGCCAUCAACCUUGCGAACGAGAUUUUUGGUCCUACGGGCUGGCGAUCGGAACUGAAGUCGUUCCAGGUGGACUACAUCGACGAGAGAAACGGCAGAGUCAGUCUGGGUUUGUCUUCUGUUGUUCGUGUGAUCCUUAAAGACGGCACCUAUCAUGAGGAUAUUGGGUACGGGUCGAUCGACAAUUGCAACAGCAAGAGCGCGGCGUUUGACAAGUGCAAGAAAGAGGCGGUGACUGACGGUAUGAAGAGGGCCCUCAGACAGUUUGGAAACUCGCUUGGUAACUGUCUCUACGACAAGGACUACUUGAAAAAGAUCUGCAAAGUGAAGCCGAUUCCAUUGGCCUUUGACGAGGACGAGCUGAUGCGGAACGAAAAGCCUUUGAUCAAGAGCGAGCCCAAGCCAAAGGCCCUGUCGUUGAACGAGAUCUCCAAGAAGCCUGUGGCGGCAGCUUCAAAACCACAAACACACUCCAUGCCUACGCUCCGCCAUGCAGAGCCUCCAGAUGAGCAGGAAAACUCGUUCAACGACUUCAUGAGCGACGACUGGCCCGACGAGCUGACAAAAACGAAAAAAGAUGCAUUGCCCAACUCGGAGCCCGAGUUCGACGACGACGACGACGACUUCGAGCCUCGCGCGCUGCAGGCGCCGGCUGUUCGUGGUCGCGAGCUCAAGGUGGGGAAGUCGCAGGAAUUGCAACGCGAGGCCGAUGGUAGCAGAACGGGGACCCCGCAGGUGGCCCGCAAGCUUGAUCUGGAAGCCAACGCGGCCACGCCUGCAGAGAUCCCAACCAGUGUGGUGUUUGUGAGUGCAAAGGCAGCAGACCGCGUCAAGAGAGACCCAUCGCUUCAGAACGGAUCCAAGUACGACGCCCGCAACACGCCCGACUCGCUCAAACGCUCGAGUUUCAUCAACCACAACAAAUCAACACCCAUCAAGCGCAGUCUGGUACUGGACGAAAAGGAAAAUCACGUUCCUGCGGCUACCAAGCGUAGCCAUCGAGGAAAUUAG